AUGUUUGCAGCCGCAUCGGCAUUGUCAACUCUUUUUGUCUCCCACUACGAUGGACACGUUUUCACCCUCAAUCUAAACGCAUCUGGUGGCCAUCUCAUUCAAUCCAACUCUCUACAAGCCUGCGGCAGCAUGCCCAGCUGGCUAACCUACGACGCGGCGACAGCCAUGCUCUAUUGCGUCGACGAAUCCGGAUCCAGUGCCAAUUCUGGCAAUGGGACCUUGUCUAGCUUCGUUGUGGACACGAGAAAUAAAGGCUCCAGUGCACUGACUAAGGAGGCAACGACGGAGACGUUACCUGGUGGUGUUGCCAGUGUGAUUUAUGAAGGUGAUUGUCAUCGGAGAUAUUUGGCUAUUGCGCACUACGAAGGAUCAGCCGUGUCAACAUUUCAGCUCCCGCUCACGCCCAGGUCCACGGCAUUGCAAACCUUUGAAUACGUGCUCACUGAACCCGCGACCGACCCGUCGCGCCAGGACGCACCGCAUCCACAUGAGGUCUUUUUGGACCCGACAGGAGCAUACGUGCUCGCACCUGAUCUGGGUAUGGACAUAAUUCACAUAUACGCGAUCGACAAGGCGACGGGUAAAUUACAUGAAUGCAGCCAAUUCAAAGUAAAGGGCGGAAAUGGGCCGCGACAUGGCGCAUGGACUACAGGCAGCAAUAGUGAGAAAAGCGCCAUACUAUACAUUUCUAAUGAAUUAGCAAAUACUGUUGGUAUCUACACAGCUACUUACAGCGAGGGCUGUCUGGCCCUGCGAGAUGCCGGCGAGGUAACGCCUUAUCCCAAAGACGUACCCAACACGGCGACCAUCGCUGAGAUCCGCAUCGUGGGCGGCAAAGAUAUAUACGUCUCGGUACGUAAUGACCAAGCGUUCCCGCCGAAUGAUUCAAUAGCAUUUCUCGAGACAUCUAGGACGGAUGAUGCUACGUACAAGACCUUGACUUCGUCGUAUGGGAAGACGCCAAGGACAUGCGUGAUUAACAAGGCUGGCACACUGCUCGCUAUCGGAAACCAGGCUUCAUCAGAUGUCGCAAUUGUCGAGCGUGAUCCGAAGUCGGGUGCAUUAGGCAAGCUUGUCGCGCAACUGCAGGUUGGGAACCCUGGGCUCUCCAAUGGACUGUCUAGUGUUGUCUGGGCGGAGUAG